AUGUCCGUCAGUCCUACUCUUUGUCGUUCGGUUAAUCAUAAAUUGAACAAUUGUUGUGCUCUUACUGAUCAUCAGACACAAGUACAAACAAGAGCAUUACCUUAUUCAAAUUUGAGAACGAAUGAACAUUCAACAUAUUGCCAUUCAACCCAAACAGCACCUCAAAUUCUAUAUUCAACUCAUCCUAUUCAAGUGUUAACAAAAACCACAAAUGGAUUACCAUCAUCAACAACCGAUGAAGAACAAUUUUUAUUACAAAAUAAUUUUCGUUUUAGUCUAAUAUUUUCUGUCAUAUGGUUAUCUUAUUGUUGGAUAUUAACUGAGCACUAUAAAUUUGAUUUUGGAAAAUUUACAGUAAUUAUUCGUUUAUUAUUUUGUCUACUACAUGUAUUAACAAUAUGGAAAUUAUUUCAAUAUAUAAUGAAACUGAUACAUCGAUUUUAUCGGCUAGUAAGAAGAAUUCGUGUUUUAUUACCACAACAAAUAUCAUUGAUCAUUUUUUCACUCAUUUUAUUUCUACUUUUAACAAUGGUUUUACAUUUUAAACAAUUUUUAAGAGAUAUUUUUGCCAUAGUAGAUUGA